CCUAAGCUGUCUUGGGUUAAAUGCAUGGUAGUUCAACAACGUCUUGUCGAGCACGAUGAUAWCACAAACGCCAUUAGGAGAAAUAAGGAUUGCGGACAGUCGCUUUCUUGGGUUUUGUUUUGCUGUUGAAUCGGCUGAAGAAGUUCGGGAAUAUCAAAAUCAUCUUAGACUGUCCCAUCCCGAUGCUGCCCAUAUUCCGGUCGUCUGGCGCUGUGGCAAAAAGUGGGGCGAUGCAAGCAAUGAUUGGAAGAGUCUUGAUUCAAGGAAAGAGAUCACGUGGGACGAAGACAAGGAGCCGUUGAACUCUAUCGGACCGGUGAUGGCCUUGGAAUUUUCACGGUUUUUUGCCGAGGAUUUUGUGGGAGGGAGCAACAGUAGUGGUAAGACUGGCUUAAUGGUUGGAAUUGUAAGGUAUUUUGGUGAACGAUUGCUGGGAGUGACAUGUGGGAGACUAAGUGGAUGCUACAAAUCGAUUUUGCGGCAAACUCUUCAUCGGCGCUUUUUCCCGAAUGUCCCUUGGGMAUUAAAUUUUGCGGGKGAGCCAGAACACGAUAUCUACGGUAUGGGGGCUGGUGAUUGCGAACUCAUUUUGAACAUUGUUGAAGACGAUCUUCCGCUGGCCACAACAAAAUCYGAUGAUGGUAAAUGUGCCAAGGAUUCGUUACCACUACUACAAGAAAGAAUACUAUCGGAGCUACAAUUUGAUGGCUUCAAGGGUGCAGSAGGAGAGGAGCUCCCACGAUUGCAAAAUCUGCAGGCUGAUCUAUCGGCCGGAUUCAUUCCAAUAUACCGGUAUCCCGGAAAUUAUUCCGGAGAUGAAUGGACGACAUUUGCAUGGAGUCCAACUUCUUUGCAGUUGAAACAAUCCGUUGAGGAACGACUGAAGCCAUUGGUCCAUCAGACCAUGAACCACUGUGUCACUAACUACUAUCGCGACGGGACGGACUUCAUUGCACAUCACGGGGAUAAGGACCUGGAUUUGAAUCGAAAAGGGGUCAUUGUGAGUGUGAGUUUGGGCGACACGCGAACGUUGGAAUUGCGACGACGGGCAGAWCCCAGAGAUGUCGUUCGAUUGAUCCUGCCGCAUCGUUCCAUGUURGUGUUGGGUCCCCAUACCAAUCGAGAGUGGACCCAUUCCAUUUUGCGGAAGGAAGAAAGUCAGGGCAUUCGACUUAGUUUGACAAUGCGAGAUGUCACAACGUUUAGGGAUAUAACUACUGGKCGACUGUUUGGUGAUGGCGUCGAAAGCAAGACGCUUCAUGACAUCCGGUCCCGAGCGCUUUUCGAAAACACAGCGUGCUUCGCUGGAUUCUGCGCUCUAUCGACGUCAAUUGUCUCCAAAAAGGAAUCUGCGCUUUUCAACAUUGCACUACUGGGGAUAUAUAUAGCAGGUAUCCAUGGAUUCCGAAUUUUAUCAGAUAUAAGAAGAAAACAAUAUGAAGAGCAGAAGGCUAGAGAGUUCUUUUCGAGAACUUCGUCUUCUGGAACAAAAUAUUAAAUAUCAGUUCAGAAAAGACAAAUUAGA